ACACCUUUGAAGCAUGACGGUUGUUUGGGUUAUUGUUGAUCGUUUGACUAAGUCUGCUCAUUUUAUUCCAAUCAGGAAGGAUUACAAGCUUACCAAGCUAGCUCGACUUUAUGUAGACAAUAUAGUUCGACUACAUGGAGUGCCUUCAAGCAUUGUUUCUGAUAGAGAUCCUCGAUUUACAUCAAGGUUUUGGAAGGCCUUGCAGCAAGCCUUAGGGACUGAACUUCACUUGAGUACUGCCCAUCAUCCACAGACAGAUGGACAGUCUGAGAGGACCAUACAGACUUUGGAAGACAUGCUUCGCUCUUGUGUUUUGGAUUUUGGAGGUAGUUGGGGAGAACAUUUGUCACUAGUGGAAUUCACAUACAACAACAGCUACCAAGCCAGUAUAGGCAUGGCUCCUUAUGAGGCCUUAUAUGGGAGACCAUGCAGAUCGCCAUUGUGUUGGGUAAACCGGAUGAGCAUGUCACCAUUGGACCCCAGAUUAUCACUAGUACCACUGAAAAGAUUAAGGGAAUCCAAGAAAGACUUAAGGUUGUUCAGAGUCGUCAAAAAAGCUAUGCCGAUCUCCAUCGACGGGAAGUUGAGUUUAAUGUUGGUGAUUAUGUCUUCUUGAAAGUUACUCCUAUGCGUGGCGUAACGAGAUUUGGAGUGAAGGGUAAGCUAGCCCCGAGGUAUAUUGGACCUUUUGAGGUUAUCGAGAGGAUUGGGGAGGUCGCUUAUCGAUUAAACUUACCAGGACGGUUGGGACAUGUUCAUAAUGUGUUCCAUGUGUCUAUGUUGAGGAAGUAUACUCCAGAUCCGUCACAUGUUAUUGAGUAUGAGGCAAUCCCUCUUCAGGAAGAUGUGACUUAUGAAGAGCAACCUGUCAAAAUCUUGGCGAGAGAGCUAAAAGUGUUAAGGAACAGAGAGAUUCCAGUAGUCAAGGUCUUAUGGAGGAACCACAGGGAAGACGAAGCUACUUGGGAGAUAGAGUCCGAGAUGUAUAUGAAGUAUCCUCAUUUGUUUAAUUUUCAACUUGAAGUUGUACUUUAAAAAUUUCGGGACGAAAUUUCUUUAAGGAGGGGAGAAUGAAAAGACUCGGUUUGACCGAGUCAAAUGGGUUUAUAUAUAUAUAUAAAAUAAUAAUAAAAUAAUAUAUAUAUGUAUGUAAAAAAAAAAAAAAUUAUUUUGAAUGCAUACAGAGCAUCUCGUCCCCCUCACUCUCUAUCUAUAUUUCUCAUUCUCUCUCUCUUUAAAAUACCAAAAAUAAAAACCCAUAAACCUCCAUAACCACCACACUCCGGCGACCCACCUCCGGCCACCGCCCGACCCAACGCGCCGGACAAGUCGAAAGCCCAAGUGCCGGCGACCUCACUCCCCAAGCGGCGCCGCUCCUCUCGCCGCCGUUGACUCGGGAUCGCAAGUCAAAGUUUGGGAUUUCAAACUUUGAACGGGUUUUCCGGUCACCUCCGGCGUCCGUUUGACGAGAGAUUUUCACCACUACACUCAGCUCGUCGAGGAGAACAACCUACACUAAACCAUUUUUCCCGGUUCGCAACUUUUUCCGGUGACAUUUUUGUAGCUCGCCUUUCCGGCGACUUUCCGGUGACCUCGUGUACCGUUUUGACAAACGGUUGGCAUGAGUGUGAUCUACUCGUCGAGGUGGUCGUUUUGAUAUAUACUACUCCUAUUUUCGGCGACAUUUCCGGUACACCAAUUUUUACCGCCACCGAUUGUUAAUGUGCACCGCUUAGGUGAGAGUAAUAUGUAAGUUUGGACUAAACAAUGGGAGCUCGAGACUUGAGAGCUUAAGAUCGUCUUUUGGAAAAAAGUUUAACAACUCGGGAGAGGUAGGGACUCAACUUGAUUUUUGGACUUGAUUUUUAUAUGCGUUGUAGAACAUUAGACAUAUUCUAAUUUUUUACGAUUUACAAAAUUGUUUGAAAAAUUGAAAACUUAAUCUGCAUAUUUUCUGGACUGUUCUGGGGCACCGAGUGCCAAAUAUAUUUUUGUAUGCAAAUAUUUAUGCAGGUUAUGAUUUUUGGGUUUAUUCAAAAUACAGUUGUUAUGCUGCCGAAUUUUCUAGAAAAUAAAAAGGAAUAUGUUCUUUUGUUAUGCUUAUUAUUUGCCUGCUUUGGUUAUAUUGAUGAGAGCCAUGUUGAUCAUGUUCGAUGCAUAUUGUUGUUUCACGACCUAGUCUCUGUGUCAUCAUAGGUAGAUCAGGUGUGCACUCACCUGUAGGUGAAAGACCUAGAAUCUGUACAGGGAGUGAAUUAAAUCUGAGCCCCGUUAUUUAUGGUGGAUAUCAGAUGCGACUACCCGGUUUUGGAUGUCGUUUUCUAUGAUUUGGUAUUGAGAGCUAGGGGUCUAGUGGACGGUGUGAUAUGCAUUUGACGUUUGAUUUGUGAUUAUUUGUGGUCUCUCUAUUUUUUUUGUACAUAUUCAUACUGUUGAUGAGACAUUUUAUUUUUAUAAAGCUAACCAUGCAGGAAUUUUAUUAAACCAAGGGUCCUUUGAUAUUAGUUGUUUUCCUACUGGGCUUUAUAAGCUCACCCCCUAUUUUCUCCUAUUCCAGGAACUCAGUUUGAUGCUAGUGGAUGAGGAUGGUACCGUUGGGAAAGGAAUGUCGUUAUUAGUUUAGUCAUAUUUUACUCUUUCACCUUCUAAUGAGACUGAUUUUGUAUUUAAGAACAAACGGAUGGUCUGGAUGACUUAAAUUAGCUAUGUACUAGUUAGAAAUGGAAAUGAUGGAUGCUAGGUAUUAUUUUGGUAUUUUAUUGACUUAUUAAAUCUAUCUAUUUGGUGAUUACAUAACUGUGGGAAUAUUACUGUUCUUUUAUAUUGAUGAGUGGUCCUGAUUUUAUUA